CAAAAGCAUUAGUAUUUCAAUAUGGUCGAUAUGUGUGACAACGUGGUGAAUAACAUGGAAAACCUGAAUAUAAAGGAAGAAAAGGCAUGAAUAUAGUUUAUUUGAUAAAAUUUUUAAAAUAUUUAUUUUUAAGUUAUAAAAUAUGUUGACGACUUUCUUUAUUCGCAAUAAUAGAAACUUUUAUAAUGUUUCUAAAAGGACACAUGCUUGGACGAAAAUGAAGAAAAAAAAGAUUGCCGUUACAGAUGAAAAAUCUAUUUCCGAAUUAAAUCCUUGGCCAAAUUACAUUCAGGAUCGUAUUAUAUUGUGGGAUAAGCUUAAAGCAGAAUAUGAAGAAUCAUUAGCUUCAAAAUCAAUGACUGAUAUAAAAGUGAUUCUUCCUGAUGGAAAGGAAAUUAUUGCUCAAUCUUGGCAUACAACACCAUAUGAAAUUGCUAAGAAUAUUAGUCAAGGUUUAGCAGAUAAUACUAUAAUUGCUAAGGUUAAUAAUGAAUUGUGGGAUCUUGAUAGACCUUUAGAAUUUAAUUGCAAACUUGAACUUCUUAAAUUUGAUCAUCCAGAUGCCCAACAAGUUUUUUGGCAUUCCAGUGCUCAUAUUUUGGGAGAAACUAUGGAAAGAGUUUAUGGUGGUUGUUUAUGUUAUGGACCACCAAUAGAAAAUGGAUUUUAUUAUGAUAUGUAUUUAGAUGAUAAAGGAAUUUCUAAUUUAGAUUUUCCAUUUCUGGAAAGUCUUUAUAAAAGUAUAGUGAAAGACAAACAACCAUUUGAGAGAUUAGAAAUGACUAAGGAAGACCUUUUAGAGAUGUUUAAAUAUAAUGAAUUUAAAAUUCGAAUUAUUAAUGAAAAAAUACAUACUCCUACCACUACAGUAUAUAGAUGUGGUCCACUAAUUGAUUUAUGCAGAGGACCACACAUUAGACAUACUGGAAAAGUUAAAGCUAUUAAAAUCACCAAAAAUUCUUCUACUUAUUGGGAAGGAAAUGCCAAUGCAGAAUCUUUACAAAGAGUUUAUGGUAUUAGUUUUCCAGAUACUAAGCAAUUAAAAGAAUGGGAAAAGUUCCAGGAAGAAGCUGCUAAACGAGAUCACAGAAAAAUAGGAAAGGAACAAGAAUUAUUCUUCUUCCAUGAACUUUCUCCAGGAUCAUGUUUCUUUCAACCACGUGGAGCUUAUAUUUAUAAUACUUUAGUUGAAUUUAUUCGUUCUGAAUAUAGAAAACGAGGUUUUCAAGAGGUAGUCACACCUAAUAUUUAUAAUAAUAAAUUAUGGCAAACAUCCGGUCAUUGGUUGCAUUAUGCAGAAAAUAUGUUUUCCUUUGAUGUUGAGAAGGAAACUUUUGCACUUAAACCAAUGAAUUGUCCUGGUCAUUGUAUGAUCUUCGAUGUUCGUAAUAGAUCUUGGCGUGAAUUACCGUUAAGAAUGGCAGAUUUUGGAGUAUUACAUAGAAAUGAAAUGUCUGGAGCAUUAACUGGAUUAACUAGAGUUAGGCGUUUUCAACAAGAUGAUGCACAUAUAUUCUGCUCGGUUGAUCAAAUUAAAGAUGAAAUGAUUGGUGCACUUGAAUUUUUAAAACACGUAUAUUCUGUGUUUGGUUUUACAUUUAAUUUAUGUUUAUCUACAAGGCCUGAAAAAUAUUUAGGAGAUUUAGAAAUGUGGAAUCAAGCAGAAAAAGCAUUAGCAGAAAGUUUAGAUGCAUUUGGAGAACAAUGGAAAAUUAAUCCAGAAGAUGGUGCAUUUUAUGGCCCAAAAAUUGAUAUAACAAUUAUGGAUGCACUUAAAAGAGCUCAUCAGUGUGCCACUAUUCAAUUGGAUUUCCAAUUACCAAUUAGAUUUAAUUUAUCUUAUGUUAACGAAGCUGGAGAAAAAACGAGACCAGUAAUUAUUCAUAGAGCGAUUUUGGGUUCUGUAGAAAGAAUGAUUGCAAUUUUAACAGAAUCUUAUGCUGGAAAAUGGCCAUUUUGGUUAUCUCCGCGGCAAGUAAUGGUUAUACCAGUAAGUUCUCAGUUUGAUGAUUAUGCCAUACAAGUAAAAGAUAAACUUUGGAAUGAUGGAUUUAUGGCAGAACUUGACACAGAUCCAAGUGAUACUCUAAAUAAAAAAAUUAGAAACGCCCAACUUGCUCAGUUUAAUUUCAUUCUUGUUGUUGGAGAAAAAGAACUUAAUGCUGGUACAGUAAAUGUACGAACUAGAGAUAAUGUGGUACAUGGAGAAAUUCUUGUUGAUGAUCUACUUAAAAAAUUCCGAAUAUUCAAAGAAAGAAAAGAUAAAAAUUGUGAAGAAAAUUUUUAGAUAAGCUUUGUACGCAUAAUAUUUAUUUAUUUCUAAAUUAUAAUUUUAAUGAAAAUAGUUGUAACUUUUAAUAGAUCUAAAAUUACAUUUUUUAAAUAUGUAAAAUAAUAUAUAGCAAAAGAAUAUCAUUAUAUAAAAGAUCUAUUUCUAAAAAAAUUAUAUAAAAAUAUAUAAUUAUUAAAUUUGCAUUCAAAUUUCAGCUUAGAUCAUGUAUUUAUGCUUGUAAAAAUAAUUUAUAAUUUAUUAUAAAAAUCUUCGGUUUUAUUGAAUAGAUCUCUUUCUAAAAAAAAAAUGUGAAUUUUUUUAUUAAUAUUAAUUAUAAUUUAUUCUCUUACUUUGUCAAGUCUUAUUUUUUAUUUAAUUCUUAAUCAAUAAAAAAAUUUUUUGUGGUAAAUGAUUUUAUUCAAAAACUACAAUUAAUUUUUUAUUUUUAAUAACAAAAACUGAGCAUACAUUGUAACUCUAAAUGUUCAUCUCAACGGCUGUGCUUCAUAAUUUGCAGAUACUGUCAAUAUAUGCAUGUUGCUGUAACUGUAUUAGUAUUUUUUGAGAAUAAAUUAUUGUAAAAAGAUUAGAUCACAUUAACAA